AGGUCGAGUCGGAGUUGGAGUCGGAGAUGGAGUCGUUCAAUCAGCCAGCUGCCACAGAGAAGGCGGCCUCGGAGGCCGCCGAACGGAAGGCCGUGGACGAGGCCGCCCAGCCGACCGCGGCCGCGGAGGAGGAGGAGGCCCAGGAGGCCACCGGGCAGAAGGCCGCGGAGGAGGCCGUGCAGCAGCCUGUCGCUGCCCCGGAGGAGGAUGCAGCCGAGGAGGCAGCCGAGGAGGCCACCGAAGGGAAGGCCGCGGACGAGGCCGUCCAGCAGCCCGUGGCGGUCUCAGAGGAGAAGACCGAGGAGGCCUCCGAAGGGAAGGCCCCGGAGGAGGCCGUGCAGCAGCCAGUGGCCGUCGAGGAGGCUGCCCAGGAGGGCAGCGAGCAGAAGGCCACGGACGAGACCGUCCAGCAGCCGGCGGCCGCCUCCAGGGAGCAGAGCGAGGACGACGUCGACUUCGACUUGAAGAGCAUGUUCAAUGAGUUCAAGCGGAAAGUCCAGGAGCUCGAGGACAGGCUGGGCUCGAUUGCCGCAGAGCGGGCCGUUCAGGAGGAGGGAGGCGCGUCCGUCGAGAUGGAUCUGCUCGCGAGGCUCAAGGAUCGGGUGAAGGAGCUCCAGGCCAAGGUCGAGGCUGACGACGCGGAGGGUCGCCAGGCCAAGGACGACAUCCUCGAGGAGGCCGUCGAGCAGCAGGCGUCGGAGCAGGAGCCGGCCGCGGCGGCGGAGGCGCCGGGCGGCGAGGAGCAGAGCUCGGCCGCCGAGGAGCCGGCCAUGGAGCAGGUAGCGGAGGAGGUGGCCGCCGCGGCAGCGAACGCCUCAGACGAGGAGGCGGCCCCCGCCGAGCCCCGGGGCUCCGCGGGGGGGAAGGGCGAGGCGCAGGGCGAGGAGGAGGCGGCCGCCAGCGAGGAGGAGGCCGCCGAGCCGCCGGCCGCCGAGGGGGGCCCUGCCGAGGAGGCUGCCGCCCCGCCCGCGGCCGCAGAGCCGAGGGAGGCCCAGCAGGCCCCCAGCAGCGACGACGCGCUGGAGCGGCAGCUGCAGGUGCUCAUGGGCAAGCUCGCGGAGAGGAAGGCCGCCGAGCAGCGGGCCGCGAGGGCCGCCGCCGCGGAGCGCACCGCCGCGGAGCGCGCCGCCGCGGAGGGCGCCGCCGAGGAGGGCGCCGCCGCGGAGAGCUCCGCGGCCGCGGAGGCGGGGGCGGCCGCGCCGCAGCAGCUGGAGGACCUGGAGACCGGGGACCCGGGCUUCGGGCCCGGCCGGCCUCUUCCCGAGGGCCCGGCGCUGGCUCCCAGGUCGUCCCUCGACGGCUCCGAGGCCCAGAGGUCGGCGCAGCACGUCCGCACCGAGGCGCUCGAGGCGCCGGAGGCGGCGGGCGCCGAGGACGCCUCCGCCGCCGAGGCCGCGGCCGCAGAGGCGGGGGCGGCCGAGCAGCAGACGCUCGAGGACCUGGAGACGGGGAGUCAGGUGGCCAGCAGCCCGCCGGAGGAGCAG